AUGUCUGCAAUUAUGAGAGGGCAGGGUGGUUCAGGUGAUCCGACUAGAGGUCGGGGACGUCGGGGUAACCCAGCUAGAGGUCGUGGUCGGGGUAACCCAGCUGUGCGUGCCCCUGUUGAGGAUAUCCCUGUUCAGGAUCAGCAGCAGGAGGUGGAGGCGGCACCCACUGUUCAGCCCCGACAGCCAGGAGAGCCCCCUGCAGAGCUGGAUGAUCAGGGGAGGGCACUGUGUUUCCCAGACGCCAGCAGGGAGAGGCUGUUGAACUCUGGACCAAUCUCCCGAUCUAUGCGGGAGAUCUUUAGAAAGUGUUGGUUCGAGAAUGGGCGAGCCUGGCGGUUUCUGACUCCAGCGCAGAGAGAUUUCUAUUGGGAGGAAUUUAAGGUAAUAAAUUGUUAA